AUUCACAAUUCAGAUAUAUAGAGAGAGAGAGAGACUUCAUUUGAGAUCAACCUAUUGCGUGAAGUCAUAAUCUCAUGCUCUGAUUUAUUCUGAUCAGAAAACUAAAAUUUUCAGCGAACCCUUAUCUUCUUCUACACUUCUCUGACACACCGCUUCUCCUUCUUCUUCCCUUUAUCCACUUUCUCUUUUCUCCCAUUGCUUAUUUAAUUCUUGAUCCCUUCUCUCUCUUCACCACUCUGCUUUCACUUUCCUUCUACGCCUCGAUUGUUGAUCACAUUAAAUUUUGGAAAGUUGUGAUCUUGGAAUUGGUCUUCUUGUAGAGAUUGAGCUGCAGAAUUCCUCUUGAUUCUUCAACCACUUUUGAGGAAGAUCAGGUGUAUCUAUUCAGGUAAAUUGUCGCAUACAGUAUAGAGAGAGAGCUGCUUUGAUUCGUGUUGUGAUUGAUGGUCUCUUAGAAUCUACUUGAACAGUAUCUCUUGUUCUAUAAGUUAAGAAUAAAGAGCCAUGUUUGAAUAUUUCGAUUGGAUUUUUUUUUUGGUUAGAAGAAACUUGCAAAUUUGAGGAGCAAGUUAACUGUGAUUCUGUGUUCGUUGACUCAUAUGAUAGAGAGUAAUCUUUGUUUAGUAGGCUAAAUUUUUGUUCUAGAGCUAAAUAAUCAUAAAUUCAUAAUGUAACAGACCACAUAAGUCCUGAUUUCAGGUUAGAAUUUACAAGCUUCAUGAAGAUGGCAUAUUUUUUAUGUGUUCUGUUAAGUUGUACACUUUGAAAAUUAUGUAGUCUGUUAGAUAGAUAAAAGCUGCAUAGUAUUUUCAAGAUAUCAUUUUUUUGAAAACUAAAAUUGAGUUGCUCGUUGAUGGAUUGUAUGCUUUUGAUCUCCAUCGAUGAGCUCUCAGGUGCAUUUGAAAGGAUUCAAGAUGGCUUCGAUACAGGGCCCAGUAGUUUGUCCUGUGGUCAAUGCAAAACAAACUGGGGUAUACUCUGUACCCGUCGAUUCGUCUCUGCUAAAAUCUAAGUUGAGUGGAUUUUGGGGGCUGAAAGGGAUUAACAGCGGCGUGGCUAAUGUCAGUUAUCGACAGAAUUUGAGGAAUUGCAGACAAAUUCGGGGUAGUUUCAGUUCAUCAUCAGAUGGUAAUGGUAGCAUGGCAGAAAAUUUCAGUGAGAAUAAUGCAGAUUAUGUGAAUUCAAGUGUCGUUGAAGCUGUUGAGGUGAGAAGUGGCACAGACGGUUUCAUGAUCAAGAUGAGAGAUGGUGGGUAUUUGAGAUGUGCUCAUAAUAACCCUCAGGGAGGCCAUCUGCCCGACUAUGCUCCACAUCCUGCAAUUGUCUUGAAGAUGGAAGAUGGGACUGGGCUUCUUCUCCCAAUUAUUGUUUUGGAGAUGCCGAGUGUGCUCCUCAUGGCCGCUGUGCGUAAUGUACAAAUUGCUAGACCAACUAUGUAUCAAGUGGUGAAGGAAAUGGUUGACAAGAUGGGAUAUACAGUGAAACUUGUACGUGUCACCAAGAGGGUGCAGGAGGCGUACUUUGCCGAGUUACAUCUUGCAAAGUUGGAUAAUGAAGCUGAGACCUUAUGCUUUGAUCUCCGGCCCUCGGAUGCCAUUAACAUAGCGGUGAGAUGCAAGGUGCCAAUACAAGUCAACAAGUCGCUGGCAUAUAGUGAUGGCAUGAAGGUUAUUGAAGCUGAAAAGGUGACUGCACAGAGCUCCUCAUCAGAUGGCCCAUUUUUCACUCAACUGGAUAGACCCACGGGGCAGCCGUGCAUUCAGACUAAAGAAUUCAAUUUAGUGCGCAACAUGUUGAUCGCUGCUGUUGAAGAACGCUACAGGGAUGCAGCUUUGUGGAGAGACAAGCUGACACAGCUUCGGUCCAAGAGAAACUGGGCGUGAUAUGAUACGGUACUGCAGUGGGAUAGCUUUUGUAAAUAGAGAUGACUGGUCAGCCAAAUUUCUAAGUAAUCAACUGUAUUUGGCCGGCCAUUAAAUUUAUAGAAUGCUCGUUUCGUGUAUAUAGAUGAACUUCAUUAUGUACUGCUGGAUUUCUGUAUGUUCAUACAUUCGACUCUCCCAGCUUAUCUUCAUUUUCUGUUUCUCUGGGAACAGAUUUUGUUGCUUC